AUGAGUAUAUUGCGCUCAUUGCUCUUCAUCUCAGUCGUUACACUGGGCUUCCAAGCAAGACCUGGUAAGAUUUGUUAUAACUACUGUUAUCACUAGAAAGUUUGUAAAAGAUAGUAGAGUUAAAGCACAUGCAUGGAGUGUAGUGCGGCUCGUGCCAGAGGUCAAAGAGUAAAGAGUCGUAUCUACCAUUUAAACCGAGAUAUCACUUAUCCUUAUAUUCAUCAUCUGCUUCUGUUUGUUAGUUCUGCUCUAUGUUAUAACUAGUAUUCAUGUUUUACAUAAUUGUUAAGGAAAGUGCCUAGAUAUCCGUGCUUAUCCAGGUUUUCUCAGACAUAAAUCCACCCAUAAUAUAUCACUUCUCAUUACCCGGCUAUCUUUACAGGACUGUUUGGUCAUAUCUCAUCUCAGGGGGAUAUCAUUCUCGGAGGGCUUUUUCCCGUACACAAGGAAGGCAGCCGUGAAGACAUUUGUGGACCGUUCAGUGAAAUUCCUGGGUACCAGUACAUGGAAGCUAUGCGUUAUGCAGUUGACCAAAUUAAUAACAGAUCCGAUAUCUUACCAGGAAUACGACUUGGUACGAUCAUUUACGACACUUGUCGAAGUCCCACGAUCACUGCCGAUCAUACAAAAGACUUUAUUAAGUCUUCACUGGAACGUGGCGCUAAUGGCUCCGAAUUUGCGGGUGUAAUUGGCCCGUUCACGAGCGGGAACUCGAUAAUAGUCGCAAACUUUCUCCGAGUUUUUGAAAUUCCACAAAUCAGCUAUGGCGGUCUAACAGUUGAGCUGAGUAACAAAGGUCGUUAUGGCUACUUUUUCCGAACCGUUCCGCCAGACAGUUUCUUUGCCGAAGGUUUGGCGAGGCUUCUCGAGCAUUUUCGAUGGAAUUUUGUAUCAAUUAUAUACUCGAGUGGAAAAUAUCCAGAGACUGGGACCGAAGAGGUUGUCAAAGCGUUGUCAAGACGGGACAUUUGUCUCGCAAAAAGGCAUCGGCUACCGCGAUUUCCCACUGAAGAAGACUUUGACAAGGCCAUUGCAGAAGUACUGUCAGUUGAAGAAGCAAAAGUGACUGUGUUCGUCACGAUCCAACGAGACUCGCGUGGCUUGCUCAAGGCAAAGAAACGUAACCCGCUGGCCAAAAGGCUUGCAAUCGUUGCUAGUGUUUCCUGGAGUAACCGUGAUGACAUCACAAAGGGCCUGGGGCUGGUGGCCGAGGGAACUAUUACAUUCGGUCAUUUGGGCGGCAGCAAUAUGCAAGAAUUUGAAAAUUACUUUCGUUCGCUCAACUUGUCAAAUUACCAGCAAAAUCAUAGAAAAUGGUUUGAAGAAUUCUGGGAAAGUCAAUUCGAAUGCUCCCUUGGGAAUACAAGCAAUUAUUCCAAGAAAUGUACGGGAAAAGAGAAUCUCUUGUCCCAUCAAAUGGAAAUAGCGCCAGUCAGAGUGGUCAUCAAUGCUGUUUUCGCAAUGGCUUAUUCACUGGAAAACAUGCGAAAAAUCUUAUGCCCAAAUAUUUCGGGAAUGUGCAGCAAAAUGAAACCACUUUCCAGAAAUCUGUUAAAAAAAUUCUUAGAAAACGUUACUUUCCCGGAUUCGUGCUUCAACUGGCCAAUCAUGUUUAAUCAAAACAACGAAGUGGCUGGAAACUAUACAGUCUUCAAUUAUCGACAAUCAAAACCUGGUGUGUUCUCCUAUAUCCCAGUUGGCAAUUGGACGAGUAAAUUACAGGAAAAUGGUGAAAUUUCAGGAAAAUUACAAUUAGAUAUAUCUAAGAUACGAUGGCCAAAUGAAACGGUUCCGAUCUCUAAGUGUAGUGUGGAUUGCGGGCUUGGAAAUGUCAAACAGCCUCGAUAUGGUGAAGAAUGCUGUUGGGAUUGUGUAACUUGUGACAAGUAUGACGUCAUCCUUAACGAGACGACGUGCCGCGCAUGUGCAGAAGGUUAUGUCCCUGAUGCCAACUUUUCAAGUUGCUUGAAGCUGGAAGUGAAAUAUAUGAACUUGAGAAGGCCGCUUGCUGUUUUUCUUGUGUUUCUUGCAUCUGUUGGAAUAAUCACCAAUCUAACAGCUUUGAUUGUUUUUUACAUCAAGAGAAACCACCAGCUGAUCAAAGCGACGAACAUCGAAGCUUGUUACUUCAUCUUUUCUGGCAUUUUCCUAAUUUUCAUAACUGCCAUAGUAUUUGUGGCUAGACCAACACAAAGUCUUUGCUACACACAACGCUUUCUCCUGGCAAAUUCAUUCACUGUGUGUUAUGCUGCUUUGCUCGUAAAACUGAGACGAAUUUACAAUAAAUCCAUACGUGAAAACCAGCUUGGCAACCAAGGAGAAAGCUCACAUUUUCUCAGCUUGAGACUUCACUUAGUGAUCACCAUCAGUAUAAUCAUUAUUCAAGUCCUUUGCACCGUGCUCACAAUCACAAGAAACACACCAAAAUUACGAGAAAACUUUUACUUCAAAACUGGCGAACUUUUGCUGGAAUGUCCAUUAAAAUCGUCUGUAUUCGUUGCCUACAUUGCUGGAAGUCUUAUUCUUGUCUUUAUUUGCACUGGCUACGCUUUUCUAACACGAAAUAUACAGAAAAACUUUCACGAAACGCGCUAUAUCAGUUUCACAACCUACACAUCAAACGUCCUAUGGGUCGUGCUACUUGCGUUUUUUCUUAACUCCGAAGACAGUUUUUCCCGCCAAGAUUUGAUAGCUGGUAUAAGCCUUCUGAUUGGUUGGUUAACGCUACUCGGAUUGUUCGCCCCACUCUUCUAUCAUCUACGGACAAAAAAGGUUUUCGACAGGACUUCGUUAAUUGACUGGGAUCUGGUGCGAACAGGUCCUAGGAUGGCCAAUCCGAGUUGA